UGCUCUGGAACAACUCUUCAUUCAUACUCUUGCCGAAAAACAUUUCUUUUUUCCUUUGCUCCAACCUAUCAUCUUUUUCCAUCACUACAAAUGAAUCGACCAAAAAAUCCUUUCAAAAAAUGGGAAUCAGUUCAGCUGAAGACGAAAAUACGAUUUUACCUCUUAACAUUUGAUCACAGAAAGAUUCAUGUAGCCACUGCUGCACAGAAAGGCUUGGGAAACAUGGUAUGCUAUCCAAAAAAUGCCUUCCUUGAAGCUUAUCCUAUGAUUCUUCGUGCGCUAGGUGAACCAUAUUUGUAUUCGGUUGAAUCGAUUCAACAGUGGUUACAAACUAUCACCCACAUCUCUUCAUCAGCAUUUGUAAAAACAGAACCAGCUAAGAGCUGUAGAAUUUCCAAUGGACAGCAAUGGUGUUAUGUACUAUUUUGCACAAACAUUGAAAAACAGGAAAUACCCGAUGAUAUGUUUGAAUCCAACCGUUUUCAACAUGGACAGACUAUAGUUGUUCAGCAUGGCUUGGCUCGGUGGAACUUAGAAAUCAGAAACCGUUGUUUUGAAGGAGAAUGGAUGACUUUUUGCUCAGAUAACUAUAUUGCCGAGAAUGAUAUGAUAUUUUUAAGAAAUAGAGGGAGUUUUACAUAUGACAUAUUUACUUUUGGGUUUGAUCAGAGGCUUGUUUACACCCGCUGGACAUUACACCUUCCAAUGAUCCCUUCUAAAUUAUCCACUUCAGAAGGAAACUUAUUCAGUCCCCUAAUACGUCUUUUCCUUUCAGAAAAAUAUACAUUCUCACAUGCUCUUUUUUCUAUUACAGGUUUUGCUAAUAAUCAAUCAGAUUUGAAAUUAAUCACAUCAUCAAUCAAUCGCUUUUUUGCACACAAUUUAAUGGCGUUAGAUACCUUCUAUCAAAUUUUUUCCUCCGAGUUCAAGUACUCCAUGAAGAUUCCCCGCUAUGUAACUUCCAGAUUACAUGAAUCCAGAACACCAUCUAUAGUCUUGACAAGUGGAAUCAAGAUUUACAACAUUGGAGUGACACAAAAUAGAUUUCAUCAAAACUGGAACACUUUCGUUAUUGAUCAUGACCUUCGAGAGGGAGAAAUCCUUUUCUUCAUGCCGCAGUCACGCACUUCACUAGCUGUUUUGAUCUUCGGAACAAAUGGACUCGAAAUCAUGUAUCCGUGGCAUCAUCGGUUCCACAUUUAGUUUAUUUAUUGCUUUAACUGUAAAAGCUUCCUUUGCAAUUUUUCCGCUGGAACGUGUGGCUCCAGAACGGUAUAUUUUAAAUUUUCGCUUCCUGUUAUAACGUUUAGCUUUUACUUUGGUUGUUGGUUCUUUUAUUGUCUCUUAUUACGUUCUUUAUUACAACCAAUACCCUCAACUUUUUACUUUCCAAGGGA